GUCACAGGCUCCGAGCGUGCGGCGCUGGACGGAGUCGGGCCAGUGUUGUAGUCUGCGGGAGCCGCCUGGAGUCGGACGCCGCGUGGAACCGCUCGCCCCGCAUCGUGCCCCGCGCCGUGUUCCGCCUGUUUGCCGCGAGCGACCGCACCAUGGUCCGGCGACACUGAGCGGCCGCCCGGCGCCGUGGGACGUCGACGCGACGCUGGUACGGGCCAGUGGGCGAUUCACGCACGAAGUUGGGAGGACUGGGCCGAGGAGCGAAGCAUUCCUGGAGGCGCUGACGGCUGCUGUCCUGAGCUUAUGAGAGACCGCCCUGUUCGCACCGUGUCCGUCAAAAUGGCCUCCGGCUCCCUUCGCCCCCAGUGGAACGCCCCAGGACGAGCAUGUGCGCUGCCAUGGUGAUCAUUUACAAGAAAACACUGGAAAAGAAGCGCGCUGAUGAUGUAACGAGUGCAGUUUUGGACUUGUUCCAGGCACAGACCAUGAGCCAAGGGACGGCACUUUUCUCCUGUGGACUCAUGGAGACGAGCCGGUGGUGUGAGGUGGGUCACAGCUGUGCCAUUCAGCAGAGGCCAGUCGGGACGAGCCUGGAGAGCCUGUGGGACGUCCUGCCCGACGCGCACGAGAGCUCGUCCCACUGGGACUGGGACGUGGGCUCCACCUCCAGCACCAUCACCAGCCUGCUGCAGGACCUCAGCCUGAAGGAGGCCGCGUCCCCUCACCCCGCCGCGCCCCCCAGCAAGCGCCAGUGCCGCUCCCUGUCCUGCUCGGACGAGCUGGGCGGCUGCCGCUCCGCCUGGCGCCCCCAGGGCUCCCGCGUGUGGACGGCGGUGGAGAAGAGGCGGUGCCACAGCGGCGGCAGCGUCCAGCGCGGCGGCGGCGGCGGGAGCGGGCAGCUCGGCUUCCCCGCCAUGCAGCGCAGCUCCAGCUUCAGCCUGCCCGCCCCCUCGGACGCCUUGGAGCUGCCCUGCUUCACCAAGUGCCCCCCGUCGGCCUUCACCGGUCGGACGGCCUCCUCCUCCAGCUCGCUGCAGCCCCUCUACCUCUCCCAUGAACAGAUAUCCCUGGCGGAGCCCGGCAGAGCAUCCCCGCCCAGCUCGCCCGACUCCACGCCGGAGCUGGAGCGGCGCGGCGGGCAGGGCGGCCUCGCCCGCAGCCGCUCGCAGCCCUGCGUCCUCAACGACAAGAAGAUCGGCGUGAAGCGCAGGCGACCGGCCGAGUCGCACAAACCGAGGCCGUCGCUGGAUCUGGCGAAGAUGACCCAGAAACUUCAGAAUUUCCACAGCCUUAGCUGUCCUGGAGUCUCAGGCGAAGACAGCUGCGAGUCGGGCCAGGCCCUCCCCACCCUCAGCAGCGACGCUCAAAGCGACGCGGACGACGCGUGUGCAGACGAACUCCGCCCGGAGGACCAACAGCCCGAGACCAAACCGGGCGAGAUCGCCAGGAACUUGUCAGCACAACCCACCAUCCAGGAGGUGAACUGGACGUCCAACGGCAAAGACGCCGAGCACCUGUGGGCGGAGCUGUGCAGCAUGAGGAAGGAUGUGUAUCAGCUCGGAGGCGAGCUCGACAUUGAGCAAAUUGAGAGGAACUGAACUGCGCUGCUUUCCUCCCAGGGGAUGCUGAUCUAGGAGGCUGAAAGCUUAUAGCCAGGUGGCGCAGUAAAAGUCUUAAGGACAAAGCAGGUUGGAGGUUAAUGCACCAGGUGAUGCUUUUCCUCAAGGAGAAGGGUUUUCAGACUAAACACCACUUUUGGGGACAUUAUAGAGGCUACUCUCUCCCAUGUGGUGUCUCACAAGGAAGAACCAAGGACGUAUUCAGGCGGAAAGUCGCCUGAUAAACAUAGAAUUUCUAUUUUGAUGUUGGAGAAUGGUGUCUUGAACAUUUUUCUGUAACCCCGACUACCUUCAUUGUACUGCAUAUGGAGAGGAUUCACAGCAGGUUUGUAAAAAUUCUCUGCAGUAGAAAAGGUUCCCCUCGUGUGUAGCAGUAGCAUAAGGGUAGAUGAUGGACAGAAAUGAAGACCGCCUUGAGAGUUGACGCUGGUAAAACCUUGUUUCACUUUCAACAAGCACACGCACACACGCACCCCCCGUGACAACAACAAAGAGCGUAACUCUUUACACGCUUCUCUCAGAUCUCGGCUCCUGUUUGUGCGACAGAAACUUUGAUGCUAAUAGCGUUAAUCUUUCUUUUUUCUUUUUACAAUUUGUAACUACAAAGUUAUGUAAGAUGCGGAACAUAUUUCUGUACAAAUAAACACAGAUUUAAAUGUGUA